UGCUUUAUUAACGAGAGAAAUCGUCGCUUCUAGCCUAUCCACAUCUCCCAAACUAACCGACGACACAAGGCCGAAACAGCAAACAAAUGCUACCCUACACCGCACUCCGGCCGCUGUCACCGGCGACGACGCCGGCCGCGUACCCCGCCGCCGCCGCCUCGCCCUCGGCUUGGCGGCGCGCGGUGGUGGUGCGCGCGCUGCGGGACUACGACUCGAUCCCGAAGCGGGAGCCCUUCAGCUCGAGCCGCAGCAUCCUCGACGAGUUCUUCAGGCUGGAGAAGCCUCUCGUCCAGCGCACCAAAGACCAGAUCACAGAUUACUGCACGACCCUUGAAGGCGAUGAAUGUUGCAGCUGCUGGGACGCCUACUUUGAACUCAAUAAACUUGAGCAAGAGCUACCCAAAGAGGAAAUCGCAAGCAUGGUGAAGGAAUCGCAGGCAGAUCCGAGGUACCUUAUCAGCAGCAUCCACCACCGUUCGGAGUCGCGGAAGAAGAUGGCCGAGAAAGCUCGCAGCUCGGUGCCAUCGAGCUCGCUGGGUCAAACGGCGAAGCCGAGGCCUUUCCCGAUCCCCGAUGGAUUGCCGAAGACGCAAGAGGAGAUUGACGAGGAGGAGGAGGCUCUCAUGCCGGAGUCUCCCUACACGAGGCUGUUGAGAAGAAUGGGGAGAUAUCCCGACUGGUACACCCCUCGCCCGGACCAUGAAACUGACUGAAUCAUGACAUUAAGCGCCCAAAUGAGGUAGAAGCUCUGUCUGUCGGCCAUGAAUGGCUGAAGGAAUGAACUAUGUAACGGUUCCCUUCAGGGUUGAGAUAACUGUUCUCCGCGUGUUGUGCACGUAUCUGCUAAGGUGUCUGUAUAUACCUUUGUCUGGGAUGAACCUCGUUUGGGAAUAGCUUACCCCGUCUGACACGUCGUAGUAUCUCUGCAUAUACUUGUUUGUCCCGUCACCUGUUUCGCUGUUAAAGAGAGUAAUAAAUGCUUCUUGGCUUCGAUCCGAUAA